AUGUCUGCACCCUCCCAGCAUAUCCGUAAGCGAGACAAGUUUCUCGACAAGUUUCUCAACCUGUUUCGGUCGUCCAGCUCAGAUCCCAAGGUCAAGUCCCAGACUGACAGCCCCAAAGAUGUCAAGCGAGCCUCGACAGCAAGCACCGACUCUACCCGGCUCCACCGCCUUUCGACUGUCAGCACCCACGCUAGCAUCAUUGGCACUGUAACUGAGAGUGCCCAGAGCAGUAUCGAGAUCGAGCAUGUGGUCACCACCACUGCCGUCAAGGGUUCUGCUGCCAACGUCGAAUCUUCAACUCUGCGGACCCAACCUCGCUUGAAUGUAUUCAAACAGAACGUCUAUCCGCCAUCUGUCCAGGCAUCCUUGCCUGAGAUCCGCACUCGAAUUGGCGCUACUCCUCAGCUUGCUUUGUGCAUGGGCUUACUCCCCAAGGACGGCGGCACUGUUGACCAGCAGGAGGAUCGUCUGCAGGACUUACGCUCUGACACCACCGCUCGACUUGCUUGGGUCCAGGCUGUGAAGCAGGAUCCAAUUGAGCAGGAUCAUAUCCGUUGGCUGGGGGUCCGUAUGGUCGACGAGUUUGCCAAAGAUGCCUCCAAGGAUUCGACCGAGAUUGCCGAGAUGGUCCUCCUUGGCCCUGUCCUCGACAAGGAGACCUAUCGCAGGUUGCUACAACACAUUAUCACAAAUUUCGAUCAGUUUGUCCUCCUCGAUGUCGAACUACUUGAAGGGCUUGUGCAAUUGGUGCAGUCUGCGCCGCCCGAGUCCUUGCUGGCCGAUGAUUUGGUCAAGAUUCUCAGUAUCCUCCGAGUUAACUUACAAGGAACCCACCAGCAAUCCUCGGUGCAUCCCUUUCACCUCACUCUUGCUGUCUCGAGAGUGUUGGAUACUAUGGCGGACCACAAGGUCAAGGAUUUGAACCGGGUUGUCGAACACGAGCCUUUGUCUGGGGUCUUGACGGGAAUGAAGGAUAGCUCGGAUCCUUACUUGAUGUACCAGGCCUGCUACGCGUUUCAGGCGCUACAGUACGUCCCUGAUGACGAGACCGCUUUGCAGGCGGUUCUUCGUCGCUCUACCGGCGUUGUCGAUGGGUUUGUAAAGGUCUCGGCUGUGUUCAAGUUGGAUGUGGGCGCUGUUCUCGAAGGCCUUAGCAACCUUCAAGAGGCACUUGGUGGCGCCAUUGGUACUGCUGUCACUGUCUACGAGGGCGUCUGUUCGUUGUUGGAAAGAGGACAAGGUGUUCUUGAGAGUCUGAAGGAGGGUCUUGGGUCCGGCCAGAAGCGACCAUGGUACUCUGCUAUCCGCGCUGCCAACGCUUUUGCCCAAGCUGGUCAGCUGAAGGAUCUUAACCAGCUCAUCUAUGAGGCGCCCUGUCGUCGCGAUCCCUUGUUCCAAUGGGGUAUCUGUCAGCUGCUGGGUGAGAUUGCAUCCGAUGCCUUCUGGAAAACGACUGUUCGCCAACAAGCCAUUACUCUCCUUGGAGAUUUGUACCAGAAAGAUACUGAAUGGAGUCAAGAUGAUAGUGUCAAGACCUGGAUGCUCAACAUCAUCGGUCAACUUUGCACUGUCGAGGACCAGGCUGUCGCCACCAGUGCUCACACUCUGCUCAAGGAGCGCAUGCAGGGCCAAGGCACUACCAAGAGCCUUCUUUAUCCGCUGAGAAACCGACUCCCUUUGCCCACAUCCUCACCAAUCCUCGCCCGUGUCCAAAACAUCCCAUAUGUGGAAUACGACCUGCACCUGCACAAGAUUCAGCGGUUGAAACAGAACACCCAGUCCGUCUAUAUUCCGCCUCUGGCCAAGCCUAGUCUAAACGCCAAGGACGAAGACCUGCUUCCUCUGAUGGAGAAAGUUCAAGAGUUCAUGGAGGGCAAGCGUCAAGUUAUGCUGGUGCUGGGCGACUCUGGCGCAGGCAAGUCAACAUUCAACCGCCACCUCGAACAUCGACUUUGGACCGACUACUAG